AUGAAAGGGUUCGGAGGGAAUGUCAGCAGCACUUUCCAGUGGUUAUCCGAUGAGAUAUCCAACAUACUGGAAAUUGAUUCUGAUCACGACGAUUUGCCUCCAAUAACGCCAGUUCCACUCAGUGAAUUUGAGUCCUGGUCCCAGUACUCAUUUGCAAGCAAAGCUACAACCCAAAUAGAUACAACAGAAGCCUAUAACAUAGGUGAAUUUGCGAUUGAUGAGGCACUCAAUUGCAAAUUUCACUUUGCAGAUUGUGGCAUUUGCAACUUACAGGUAGAUGCCUUAAUAUGUAUAUUAGACGAUGAUAUUAGUUGUAACACAUCCCUAAGGACAUUGAUUAGAUAUGGAGGAUACAAUUUUCGAGAUUCGAUUGCUAAACUUAGCGGCUUGAAGACGGGCCAGGCAUUUUCAGUUCGAUGCCACAACGUGGCAUUUAAUCACGUAAUCCUUUCAAUUUCUCCAAAAUACACUCCAAAAUACCACCGUUCAUCAUGUAACACUUUGAACAUGUCUAUAAGGGAGUGCAUCAAACUGACAGUUGAGAAAGGGUUUGAGAGUAUCGCAUUUGAGCUGCAUCCGGUGCCGGAUCACUAUUUUCCCAUAGAGCACUAUUCACAAACACUACUUCGUUCUUUGCGGAGGUGGAUUUCCAUGGACCCUGUGCAGAAUGGCGUGAAUAAAGUUUUUUUGGUUGGCAAUAAAAAUCAGUUGAAUACAUACCAUUCUACAAUGCCCUUGUACUUUCCCCGCAAUAGUUCAGAGGUUCGCAGUGUGGAAAUGGGUAACGACUACGGAGAGCUGGAAGUUAGCGGCAGGUGUAUAAAAAUAUCAUCAGAUGGCAACAAUUUGUUACCGUUAAGUGAUCCAUCAUUUCACUCUACGACAUUCCAGAAUUGGAGUAAAAGGAGAACAAGGGCAGAGCAGAUAUACUAUGCCAAAAAAUCAGGCGACUGGGAAGGCGAUGAAGAGGCCCAGUUUUCAUUCCAUACAAAGAUUUCAAGGGCUUUUAAUGCCCGAGGCUAUUUUGAAAAAUUCCAACGUGUAAAUUUCAUAUCAUCAGACCGAACCGACAAGGUGGGAAGAGUCCUUUUUUGUGUGGACAUGAAGAAAUUGCCCAAUGUAUGUGAUUACAACGAGCUAGUUCAUUUUGUGUUAUAUGUUUUCCAAAUAAAUGGGAAAUUUACAUUACUACUAGCAAAUUGUGACGCAAGCAGUUCAACAUCAUUGGGCAUAUCGUUAUUUAAGGACGUAUUUGAAAUUUGGGGGGACAAGCGUUUGUCACAGUUGUCACAGCUGCUAAUUCACCGUAGCAGUUAUUUGAUCAGAGGAGUGUUAUUAAUUUUAUAUCCAUUUAUUCCACCAAAGGUUUGGGACACGGCGAUACACAUUCAGGAGCACCAGGAAUUGCUAGAGUAUGUAGAUUCUAGGGUGUUAUAUGACUUGUUACCAAGUUUACGAGUUUGA